AUUUAAAGGUAUAGUGACGCUUAGACUCACCUGAAUAUACAUAGUCCGGAUGUAGUUAUUAUGCAAACUGUCAACGCAUUUCUUCAACAACACAUUCAAGUGUAUAGUUAAGAAAAACGUAGUAAUUACUUGGAGUGGUACUAAUAUGUGGCUAAUGCUGCAACCAACAAUUUCGAACUGACACUGAGAAGUGCAUCCCGCUCUCUGCGGUAUCGCAUUGCAUAAAACCUCUGAAAAUAGCAAAUGACAAUUCACGGUCCCACCUCAGCUGUCAUGUCGAGUUGUCAUGUAUCGAAUCCACGCGAAAGAAAACCUCACUUAAAGUUACUGAAAGACCAGGUGAAUACUCCGGCAAAAAUCUAGGGCGAAUACUCUCAAUAAAUGGGUUUGCCAAUAUUUAUGGUGUCAGUUGACUGUUACACUUAUAUGAUUCCAGAGGCGCAAAACACAAGGCCAUUCAUUUCGUGAAUGUGUGAAAAACAUGAAGUAGAUGUGUGAACAGUAUCACCAGACUUUACGUUAGUCCAACCACGCGUUUAUUUCCUAUUGCUCUACAACUCUCUCCUAUAUAACUUCGAAGGUUAACUGUGGCAUCUUGUGUACUGCGACUGCACUGGGAUGGUCCAAAGUAUCUGAACUAAAAAAUACCUGAGUACAGCCAUUGUAAUCCAGCUAAUUAAACUGAGAGCUGCAACUCUUAUUCAUCGAAAAUGAAUAUUUAUCCUCAGCAGAUUCCUUGGCCUUCGACAAUUUCCUAUUAAAGCAAAAGAUAAUCUUACGUAAGUCACAUCUUCCUCGAAUUGUGAGGCAUUGUAUCCAUGCUUGUACAACGCAUAACCGUAAGCUUAUGUAGUCUCCUCUUCCUUUAAUUGUGCUGUAAAAUUAAUAAUUCGUGGUAGGAGUCUAGCUAGCUCCUCCUCCUUAAGACUAGUUUGAAGCACAACUCCAAAAACACGGUUGAAUCACCUCUGUUUUGGAAUCACUUUCUUACACAGAAUUGUGCGACAGCGAAACUUUGCUUGAGCACGCAGCUUCAGCAACUUUCACUGGUUGUCUCAGUGUAUUAAACCCUACAGAACUGAAAAUCAGAAUCAUUAUUUGUUAUGCAAUCUUUUGUAGAAUGGCGACCGUCUCAUUUCAUGCUUUUUAACAUACCUGAAUGCGUUCCAUCAAUUUUUUUCAAUGACUUGUUAAAUAAUCCUCAUACAUCGUAAGAGUAAAUUUAAAACAGCAACAGGACAGACAAUAUCUUGUGUAGAAAUUAGUGGUACCACUAUUGUCCCCAUUGCUACUACUACAAAAAUAAUGUGGUCAUUUCAUGAUCAUAUCCGCUGCUCGCCCGAGGACGACUAAAAUCGUCUGAUUACCUUAAACCUAAUGCUUACUUGAACCUAACAUACAUUUGUAACCUUUAUGAGAGUCAGUCAUUCAGUCACUCAAUAUAAAUAUACAAUCUAGUUUUACUACACAACCGUCCAAACUGCUACGUCACAUCAGUACAUCAAAAUGCAAUGCACCAAAGUGAAAAAAUUACUUUCCGUCCUUAGUAAUGUUCACUCAACCUUGACAUUACUCACACGGUGACUCCACCAUGCACAGUCUUCCAGGUCUGAAACUUGUCUGGUUUUCUCACACUUGUUCGUGAGCUACACUUAGAUGUCGUAUAACUAGGGACUCUAAAGUUUUCCUAGCAACGUUGGUUUAGCUGAUUUCUCUGUGGUUGUCACAAAAAAACUCUCCUCCUUCACAAACUAGAAUGAUCACUUAUCUGGACUAAUUUAGCUAGACCAUCUCAGACUCCAAUACGCUAAGUAGUACCUCCGUUACUGCAUUCAGUAAUUUUCUACCCUAGUUAUUCAGAACUUCCAACGGCAAACCGUCAGGUUUCCUACCUCUUUGCAUCGUUCUAGUUUCGAAACAACCUUCUCAACCUCAAGAAGAGUUAGAGGACUGCUGCUGCGUGCUGAACAAACGGAGCGUCGCUGUGAACCAGUUGGACUGUGCUUUAAUUUGUUCUGUCCAACGUUCUAGCCACCUCUCCUGACAGGUUAUCAAAGUCCCAUCCAUUUCAGCGACGGUUUCUAACCAUCCUCUUUAUCAUGACAGUAUCCAUAGUAAGUUUCAAUAGUUGCUGAGCAUUACCUAAUACUGGUGCAUCCUCUAUUCCAUCCCCUUCACUUUCACCACCCACCGCUGCUGGCGAUUAUUGCCAAUAUUCUUGGUCGCCUGACAUUUAAGUUGCUUUCGCUCUUCAUUGUGGUCAAACACAUCUGGAAUGAAUCUUCUUGCAUCAGCCAGUUCGAAUGACGCUACCAAAAGCCACUGGCUUUGUUAAGCUUUGGAUGUAGGAUUACCCACUAUCUUUACCACUGUUCCCACCUCAGAAAUAAUGUCACGCCAGGUCUCCUCAGGAUGAGGAUUGCUAUCACGUUCAAGUAAAUACCUAGUUAUCUCCCCUCUGAAUACCCACUUCACUUUCUCAUCUUCCAAUCGAGAACACAGGCUUAACUGCCACCUGCUCUCUAUGACCACUAGUUCGCAGACAUACACGUGCCUGUAUUAUCGCGUGACCGGAGUCUAAACAGAUAGUCCAGAAAGAGUAGCGAUCCUCCAACGACGGUGUAUGCCAAUAUGGUCUGUGUGUGUUCAUCCUUGGUUUAAUGUUGACCGACACCAUGUGAGACAGUUUCUCCUCAUGCUUGAAGUUAUUGCUGGUCAGAAACAAGUGAUUGUGGGGACGAAGCUGCAAGGGAUGAUCACCGUCGUCGAAUGUUGACAGGGGAUUCCGGAGAUACCUCGAAGAUGCCUUUCCGAUUGGUUCAGCUUUCCUACUUGAGUUUUGAAGUCACCUGUUGUUAUCAUUACAUUUGAACGUUUAGCUUUAUGUAGCAGAAUUGAGAUCUAUUAACAGAAUUAACUCUUUACAUCAUCCGAAAUGCAGUCAGAGGGUGCUUAGGUUGAGAUUACUAGGAAUCGGCUAGUCUGACGACCCUUGCUAGUUCUUACAGAUCCAUUCAGCCGAGUUCUACACUCAUGGUUGUUGGCUGGCAUCCAAUCGAAGAGGGCAUAUUUUGCUCUACAACUCAAUCCUUUGCCUACACCAGGGAAUCCACAAGAGCUAGCCGUUGAAUCUCCAGACACUUAUGAAGUGAACUUGGAAACUUCACCUUGAUAGUCAUGUAUGGUCAAGUUAGUAACCACACUCGGAUGUCAUAUACGUGUUUCAGAAACACAGCAUAUAUCUGUGGCUCGAGAUUGCAUAUUUCUAGCGAGCAAUGGUUGUUAUCCGACUUGCCAUAGGGUUGGGAUUGCUAAUCUGAAAUUUGCAGUAAAGUUUUAGGAAACUAGGUCUGUUUGUUUUCGCGACUUAUUUUGUUUUCAGUGGUUUCGGGGUCAGAUGUUGAGAGAAUUGUAAAGUGCGUAACUUGGGUGUAUUGAACUUUAAGCGUAGCAAAUACAAAUUAUCACUUCAGGGCCUUCAUACAACAAUUGUCUCAAUGUUGUAAAUAAAGAUAUUUGAUGGGUUUGGUUACAGUUUCAUUACUACUUACUAUUUCGGGCAGCAUUCUAGGGUUUGCUUCCAAGAGUCGUGUAUGUGAGAAUGUCGUCUGUACUUGUUAGUGUUGAUAUGUGACUGACUAUAUCAAUAAAAACUGUAUAUCCAUAUGCUUCAAACAUUCUCAAAUUGCCACUCUAGGUGUCUUGCAGACUACAUUUUGUCGGCAUCUUCAUAUAAUAGGACUACAUCACUAAGUAUUCUGGUUCGACUAAGUGGUCAGUAAAAGACAGAAGAAGACCUUUAUAGAAAGCACAAAAUUUAAUAAGGAUGGGGAGAAUGGACAUCCUCGAUGGAUACUACCCGACGUGUACAAGUCACCUAAUACCUCGGCGUAGGCUCUAGCACACAUGUGUUAGAAUAUAAAGCCUUCAGUAAAAUGCUUUAAUGUGCACCCCUUCAGUUGAUAAACACUAGCAUAAAGCCUCUUAAUAAACGGAAUAGAAAUCCAGAUUAGUGCUAUUUCUUGGUUUGACCGCUCUUAGCUGUUUCUCAACCCAGUUCUACCCCAAGUAACACCGCAUGUUGCGGUAGGCGGUAAAUUUGUCGAACCAACUACUGUUUUUUUAAACAAAGUGUAUCUCACAUUUGCCACUGGUAUUUUGUUAGGGAGAGUCGAUCUAGUUUUAACCGUACCGAGAUUUCGUUGACCUCCUAGACAAAGUUAGGUUGAUAAAGUUUCAGAAAUUGGUGACUAGAACCUUCAUGAUUGCAUUAUUUCUUCGAAAAAGUGGGGAAGUAGAGUAGGGUAGGGAUAGGUGAGCUUCAAAAUAUCAAAACGUAAAUAAUAUAUGAACGCCACAAUGUAAUGAGGUGAUUAUCUUGUUCGGAUUUUAUUGACAAGUAGCCUUAAACCUACGUUUCGUGCUUGUUGUAACUCGUCGGCAGUGCGUAUUUGCAACCUCAGGGGGAUUGACGUUCCCUGAGAGAUAUGAACCCUGUCACCGUGUCGCAGUCGGAGACGUUAACAUAUAUUCAGGUUGCGAUUGGCUUUCUGUAGUACUGGAAGUAAUGGUAUAUUGUUUCAUGCUAGCUGAGAUGGAGGUAAGUUGGAUUAAACCAUGAGAUAGUACUGUUUUGACGGACCAAUGAAAGGCAAAUCUAAGAUUUUACCAAGUAUAUUUCGGUUAGUUACCUUAUUUAUGGAGAAAAUUUCUUUAGAAGUUAUUUUAUAGUUUUAAUCUAUAAUCAUUUUUAUGAGCUUUUUUCCACCCAGUUAGUUUUUACGUAUUUUAUCAUUAAAAACGUCGUGUUCAAUUAACUAUAGAAUAUGUUUCUCAUUUUUUAACCCGAAAUAAAUUUCUUGUAUACUUUAAAUUGCUGUGUUGUGUGCAAAUUAUUCAGGUGUGCAAACAUUGACUGUAAAUCCAAAGGAACUCCUGGUGAUCUUUCAAAUGUCGCUUGUGUUCAAUUCAGUUGGUAACUCAUGCUCCUAGGAAAGCAUAAGUGAUUGCGACUAUAUUCGGACAGUGAGGCACAUGCUAGGUCAUAAUCCCGUUACAGUUAGUUUCAGUAAUCAGUUCAACCACUUGGUAUAAAAGUCUAUUUUUUAAUAUUCAUGAUGUCACUAGAUUAGUAUGAGCUAUUUGAGGAAACAUGUCUCAGCUACAUUUUGUUGGAAGGUUGAAUGGAGUCAGAAAACAUAGGAAAUUUGACUCAGAAUUGUUUGAACGUUAAUCUACUCUUUACUACUUUACUACCAGCACUCAUGAACCGGGGUAGAGGAAAUAGGAUUUAAACCCGUUACUUACUAUUUUGGACUUCAACUUUAUAAUCUCUGAACUGUCUUUUCAACCGGUCUAGAUUAACCAGUCCUUAUUUUACGAGGGUCAGAUGUAUUUUUGACAUCCUUAGGUUUCUAGUAAAGGUGUUCUAAUUAUUCCGUUUUCUGUCCUAGCUCUUCUCUACAAGUUUGUCAAUCUACUCAGAGUAGAUGAGAUUUUGUAUUCAGCGACCAAUAUUUUGUAAAGGUUAAGACAAAUUAUCUUUAGAUGGUCAUGAAGAUAGAUGAUUUGUUGACUUUAUUCUAAAAUCUAGUUGUUACUCCGUGUUAUUGAAAAAAAACAUCAGUAAGAUGUACACUAAGACUUAUGACUUCAAACUCUUUCAGUGUAUCAGUUACGUUUUUUUCCUUCAUAGGAUCUUGUGUAACAUCCGCCUUACUGUAAUUGACUUGGAGUUUAUUUAGCAUAUUGGCAAGAGCUGUGCCACUUCACUAUUCAUUUUGUCAGGGGGAUUUAUAUUCAUUCUGUGACAAUGUUUUCACGACUGUCAAAUUCUAAAUAUAUAAUAUCUAGUGCCUAUGUCACCAGCCAAAAGAUACAUACAGGGAACGUAGUUUUCAAAAACAGCAAAGCUGGUGUGAUACGUCGAACAAGAGAUUGCUCUCAACCUCAAAAUUAUGAGCAAACGAAGAAGCCACAUCAGAUAGGUGUGAUGAAAUCCUGGAACUCUUGGAAUACUUCAAAUCUAGAGGGAGAAAACCGUUACACCGCCGAAGUUACUCUUCACGAUCUGUUUAUUCGAAAAUUUAUCAAUGGGACGUUUCCUUUAAUGGUUUCAAGUGAGGUCGCUAGUUCACUGGUUGCUAUGCCGUGCUUGGCCCGGGUGAAGAGGAGAGGUUGGGCAUACGGCUUGUAACCCUACACCGUGAAACCUAUCUAUGUGCUAUAGAAACUUCGAAGGCGAAAAAAGGAUGCAGAAUAAUAUUAAACGCUUUGGUCACGGGGAUCGUGUAGGUGAAAUGACGCCAUUUGGUGAAAGCCUUUGGAAUGCGAAUUGGCCGAUAUUUCGAUGCUCUCUCUCACUUGAUACAGAGUACUGAAAUACAUGUACUGUGUAGCUACUGCAGAUUAUUAUCAAAAGACAAUGGAAUACGGUACGUGUAGCCUUCUUACUCAGCAAGCGAAUCGCAUCAGGUGAAUUAAAUUUUCUCAUUGGUUAUUCGGAAGAAAUGCUUUCUCUCAUACUUCGAUGCAUUAUUAAACUAGAAGUUCAGUUGAUUGAAUCCAAGAAAGAUGUAACAUUUCGUUGUGUUUGACAAUGUAGAGGGUUAUUAUUCUUUCCAUUUCAUAAUGUACAGUUUUAGAUGGUGAAAAUAAAUAUGUUUAGUUCAUCAACAGUU